CUGAAGUUGCCUAGCGCAGACCCACCCGUGCACGGUCCUUCUGGACCCCGGGCAAGUGGUGACCGUGACAUGCAAGCAGCUUCCAUCAUGGGUUGUGUUGUUCCCGUUGUGUUUCUGUUCGGCGCAGCUGACCGGGCCAAACAAUCAACAUCGGACUAGGCAACUGACGCCCGCCGGCGCAAGCUCAUCGCCAUCGCGAUUGGGCACGAAGAACUUGCCUGCAGAAGACUCUUGAUCUUGCCAUAUCGACUUGAAGUUUCGUGGGACCGAUCUGUUUUGUGAGCGUGCAGCUCACCGACCGCUCCCGCUGUUCUCAACAAAGCACGAAGCACAAACCGGCCUGUAGUGGGAGGUCGCAAAUAUCUCGAAAGCCGGCCCCAAGGUUAGGCCCAUCGCUGUCAUUGUAUCAGCGGCCAUGGGUAUCUGCAGUUCCUCGUGCUGCGGAGGCAAAUCCCGCGAUGCCUUGUACGAGAAUGUCCUCGCCGAGAAUGAGCGGGAGGCCGUCGCAGAUCUCCUACAGUAUCUUGAAAAUCGUGCCGAAACCGACUUCUUCUCAGGCGAACCCCUUCGAGCUCUAAGCAUCCUCGUUUAUUCCGAUAACAUCGACCUUCAACGGAGCGCGAGCCUAACCUUUGCCGAAAUCACAGAGCGAGAUGUCCGAGCUGUUGACCGUGACACCCUCGGCCCUAUCCUCUUCCUCCUUGAAAACCCGGACAUUGAGGUACAAAGAGCAGCCAGCGCCGCUCUUGGUAACCUGGCCGUAAACACUGAAAACAAAGUCUUGAUCGUCCAGCUUGGUGGCCUUCAACCACUUAUCAAACAGAUGAUGUCGCCGAAUGUCGAGGUCCAGUGCAAUGCUGUCGGAUGCAUCACGAACCUGGCAACGCACGAGGAUAACAAGGCCAAGAUCGCAAGGUCGGGGGCUCUGGGACCAUUAACCCGGUUAGCCAAAUCGAAGGAUAUGAGGGUUCAAAGGAAUGCCACUGGCGCUCUCCUCAAUAUGACACAUUCUGACGAGAACCGACAGCAGCUAGUAAAUGCAGGCGCCAUCCCUGUGCUAGUCCAGCUUCUUUCAUCGGCGGAUGUGGAUGUGCAGUACUAUUGCACAACUGCAUUGAGCAACAUCGCUGUCGAUGCUGCAAAUAGGCGGAAGCUGGCUGAGACCGAGCCUCGGUUGGUGCAGUACUUGGUCAAUCUGACAGAGUCCUCCUCGCCAAAGGUUCAGUGUCAGGCUGCCCUGGCGCUUCGGAACCUCGCGUCCGAUGAGAAGUACCAGCUCGAAAUCGUCCAGGCCCACGGACUUGGCCCGCUUCUCCGCUUGCUGCGGUCUUCGUAUCUCCCGCUCAUCUUAUCUGCCGUAGCAUGCAUCCGGAAUAUCUCGAUCCACCCGCAGAACGAGUCGCCGAUUAUCGAAGCGGGUUUUCUGAGACCCUUGGUCGAUCUGCUAGGGUCGACAGAUAACGAAGAAAUCCAAUGCCACGCCAUCUCGACGCUCCGCAACUUGGCCGCCAGCUCGGAUCGGAACAAGUCACUGGUUCUCGAGGCUGGUGCAGUUCAGAAGUGCAAACAACUCGUCCUGGAAGUCCCUGUUGCUGUUCAGUCUGAAAUGACCGCUGCGAUCGCGGUUCUUGCCCUGAGCGACGAGCUGAAGACUCAUCUCCUGGAACUCGGGGUCUUUGAGGUUUUGAUCCCCCUGACCAAGUCUCCUAGCGUUGAGGUACAAGGGAACAGCGCUGCGGCCCUGGGCAACCUGUCCUCGAAAGUGGGCGAUUAUAGCAUAUUUGUACAGAACUGGACAGAGCCAAGCGACGGUAUCCACGGUUACCUCAGCAGGUUCCUUGCCAGCGGAGAUGCUACGUUCCAGCACAUUGCCAUCUGGACCCUCCUUCAAUUACUCGAAUCGGAAGACAAGAAGCUGAUCGGUCUUAUUGGGAAAUCUGAUGGCAUUGUCGAGAUGAUCAAGCAGAUUGCCAAUCGCCAGAUGGAGCUAGACAAUGAGGGUGAAGAUGAUGAUGAGGGAGAGGUCGUCAACCUAGCUCAACGAUGUAUGGAGCUGCUCGGACAGGGCGUGUCGAAAAGCCACAUCGAAGGCUGAUGCUGACACGAAUGCUCGGGCUUCCUGCUGCACCCGUGUGUUCUUUUUUCACUCAUAUUCCUUGCUUGUUCAUUGCGCAUCAUGAAGCGGCACGGAGUUGGUGGCGUCAGUAUUGUCUAUACACAGGAUUGGGACAUGGGCGAGAGGGCGGGCUUGAAAGAUAUGUAUACUGCGGAUGAGUAUUGGGAAGGGCUGUUUGGAGGGUGAUGUUACGGGGUUGUUGGGUUCCGCUCGGAAGCUCGGCCCCUGCAGGGCUCUUGCGUAUUUUGUAUUACGGCGCGGAAGAGUGACAUGGACGAUGCCGGACAAGAAGAGCAGGCUACUACCCGUACCCCGCGGGCCUCAGGGACGCCUUGUUAUCCAUUCAACUUAGGUAGUUACAGCACGGCCACCCUGUAUCGGCGG